CGAGCCAAAGGAGAGGGAGUCGACUUUUUGGAGCAAAAAUAGAGUUUUGGAGAGAGAAAGUGCGAAGAACAAACCCUAGGAGCUAUUUGGAGUGGAUUUCUCACCAUUGAAGCCCAGAUUGCAUCCCCAGGAGUGAAGAUUGACAUCCAGAGUAGAUUCUUCCCAUUGUUAUGAGUAUGACUGCUUUGUAUUCUGUUUCCCUCUCUCUCUCUAUGGAGUAGAACUCUCUCUCACUUGGGUAUGAAGAACCCUAGUUCCAUGUGUUAGGAAUCUUGAUUGUAAUUACGUUUGGACUGUGAUAUUGCUUGAUUAUAAUUGAUUGAAGUGUUUUGAAUGAUUCAAUAGAAGUCUGAUAAUCUUUUAUUGAUUUCUGCUGCAACCUGUGAUAGAUAGAAUCUGAUUAGGUUGUUAGAGCUUCUUCAAUCGGUAGUAGUGAAUCAAUUAUACGAGAGUUAGUCGAUUCACUACUUUGUACUGGAAUCUAAUUCCAGUAGUGGAGUUCUGUGUUCAUUGCCUCAGCGUUCUAUCCCGGUGAAGACUAGUCGUCUGCCGGGUAGUUUGACUGAGAGGGCUUGGUCAUCUUAAGAGAUUCCAAGCUAUUGUCGGAUCUUCCGCAGUAUAAUCAGUAGUAAAGCAACCAAAAGUAAUUACAACUGUGACCUAACUAAGGAGCUAGGGGGACUCAUUCCCGAGUGACUCUUCCCUUGCUUUAGAAAACCGAACCAUUUCCUGCUUUUGUUAAAAUCACAAUCACUCGAUGUAGUUUGCUAGAUAAUAGAUAAUCACUGAGUAGGCAGUAGAUCUAGACCCCGGGUUGACAAUUAGAGCUUGCCUAUUACUGCAUUUCUGGACUGAGAUUACACUUGGUCGCAGUUUGGUGUUGUGUUUUAGCGUGUCAAGUUUUUGGCGCCGUUGCCGGGGACCCUCUAGGUUAUUGGGGAAACGUGAAAGUUUGUUACUCUAGCUUUUUCUUUACUGCAUUUUCUCUUCCACCUGUGUGCCUUCACGGGUUACUUUUGCUGAUUGUGUGCAGGUAGUGCAUGACCUGUAGCUAGUCGGGAGAUUUACUACCAUUAGACCAGGAGCUUGAACGGACCUGUAUGAACUUCAAGCGGGCUCUAAAGGCGCGACUGGCUGCGAAGGAGGCGCUAGCACAACUGCAAAUCGCCGACGAAGAAGAGAUGGGUGACCCACAGAACAAUGAUGUGGUCAUUCCCGAGGAACAGACCAUGGGGUACUACUGGACCGCCAAAGCCGCGGACAUGAGGUCGCCCAUUCAGCACCCUCAUGUCCCAGCCAACAAAUUUGAGGUGAGCACCUCGGUCAUCACCAUGUUGCGCGACUCGGUAGUAUUUCGUGGCAAAGAGAGGGAGUGCCCUCGAUCACAUCUGAGGCGAUUCCACGAGCUCAUUGAUGGAAUUAAGAUAAAUGGGGUCCCAGCCGAUGCCCUCCAGCUGAGGUACUUCCCAUUCACUUUGGAGUGCCAGGCCAAGGAGUGGAUGGACACCAGGCCCCCUGGAUCGAUCACCACGUUCGCCAACCUGGCGGACAAGUUCCUCACUCGCUACCAUCCUCCGUCCAAGACGGCGGACCUGCAGAAGCAAAUUACCCACUUUGCUCAAGACGAAGAUGAGACCAUUCGGGAUGCUUGGGAGAGAUACACCAGUCUCUUCAUCAAGUGUCCCAACGAUGGUUUUACUGACGCCUUCAAGGUGGACGCCUUCUACCAUGCCCUCUUCCCGGAGGACAAGUAGCUGAUUGACUCGGUCUGUGGCGGGAAUAUGCUCACCAAAACACCACCACAGCUGAAUCAACUCUUUGAAGAGAUGGCAGAGCAGGGCUAUGACUGGGGAAAUGCGAGGAGAUCGAGACGAGCACCAGGGCGGGGUGUGCAUGUUGUAGCCACCCAGUCAUCUGAUUUGGUGCAGGUGGUAUCUAAACUGGUUUCAGCCAUCGACCGUUCUGGGAUGAUUUCAGGUACAGGACAACAGCAGACGAUGCACUGCCAGUGGUGUGAGAGCACCCAUCACACCGUGGAGGAUUGUUAGGCGAUGAGGGAGUCGUCUACUCCCCAGGAGCAGGUGAACUUCAUCAACAUUGUCAGGCGCAACGAUCCUUACAGUAAUACCUACAAUGAGGGAUGGCGCCGGCAUCCAAAUUGCUCCUGGAGUGGCAACAGCAAUCCAAAGCCACCUAGAAGCCAGACUCCUGCAACUAGUUUUCCAAACCAGAGGCAGCCAUACCGGCCUCCCGGGCCAGAUGCAGCAACAACAACCACUCUAUCAGCCCAGACAGGGGCAUGCUUUUCAACAGCCCCCACAGUAGCAGUACCAGCAACCUGGUGCACCUCCAUCAGUCCCAGCACUGGGCGAUCCCGUGUCAGAACUGAGGGAUCUAGUGACUACCUUGGCAAGCACUAGUACCCAAAAGUUCAAUAAAUUGGAGCAAUUCAU